CAUUACUAACCAGCAAUGGCUUCCUCGAUGAUCUCGUCGGCAACCAUUGCCACCGUCAACCACUCCUCCCCGGCUCAGGCCAACAGGGUCUCCCCUUUCACCGGCCUCAAAUCAUCCUCCACUUUCCCCGGCUCUAGGAAGGCCAACAAUGACAUCACUUCUCUUGCAAGCAACGGUGGCAGAGUGCAAUGCAUGAAGGUGUGGCCUCCACUUGGGAAGAAGAAGUUCGAGACUCUCUCAUACCUUCCCACUCUCACCUCCAAACAAUUGGCCAAGGAAAUCGACUACCUUCUCCGUUCUAAAUUGAUAUAUGAUUAUAUUCUGAGUCGCUUCGCUGUCGAGAUUAUUCCUACAGCGAAGGAUGCUUGUGAGUGGUUCGUGGAAGUGGUAAACCGUACUAAAGCUAUGGAAAUGGCUCAAAAUGAAAUAUUUGGAGAUUCAAGAGCUCAGACAUCGAAAAGAACAGGUGUGUCAUCGAGCUCUGCAUCAUCAAAAAGGGGUAGAGAUGCUGGUUGUCGACCUCCAACUAGAUCGAAGUCAGUGGCAUCCUCCGCGAGGGGAUCAAAUCUGAUGAGGGGAUGA